CUGUGUGGCUUCAGUGCCGUUGAUUCUGGAGGAAGAAGCUGGAAGCUGGGCCCGUUGACCCCUCUGGGCUCUUCCUGGUGGGCAGUUUUGGUGGAGGUCAAUGGGCAAAUUGCUUAAAUGGAGAGACCCCUGGGAAGGGCAGAAGGGGCUCUCCUGGGACCCUGCUCUGAGCGGUGCUCGUGUCUGGGCUUGUCCUCAUGUGCCUGGGGUAGACACCCCACACAGUCGGGCCUUUCUCUUUCUUCCCCACUCUCGUCUGACAAUUUGCCCCUAUGCUGGCCUCCAUCCUUGCUCGCCUUGAUCCACAGAGGAACAGGGAGUGGUUUUGGCGGUUGGCACAGGGGGAGCUGUUGAUGGCAUGAGGCCCUAUCAUCUGACAGCUGCCUGACCCGCCAUGGGGAGGGCCCCAGAGGGAGGUGCUCAGGCUGCGGGAGGCUCCUGCAGGCGGCUGCCCUUGUGUGGUGAGCCCGUGGCCACGGCCACAUUGCCCUGGGGCAGCCCUUCAAGGCCAGCCCUGAAAGGCGGAGGUGUCCCUGGGGCUGUACGACCUGUCCAGGAGGAGCGGGAGCAUGCCUCUUAAAUUAGUGGGGAAGGCUCUGUUCAAGGGCUCCAGCAGAGUCACCCCGAGUGUCCAGCCCCACCCCCAGCCCAUCAGAAACAUGAGUCUGAGCCGGACCACGGAGGACAGCUGUGAGCUGGACCUGGUGUAUGUCACAGAGAGGAUCAUCGCCGUCUCCUUCCCCAGCACAGCCAAUGAGGAGAACUUUCGGAGCAACCUCCGAGAGGUGGCCCAGAUGCUCAAGUCCAAGCAUGGAGGCAGCUACCUGCUUUUCAACCUCUCUGAGCGGAGGCCUGACAUCGCAAAGCUCCACGCCAAGGUCCUGGAAUUUGGCUGGCCUGACCUCCACACUCCAGCCCUAGAGAAGAUCUGCAGCGUCUGCAAGGCCAUGGACACUUGGCUCAAUGCAGACCCUCACAAUGUCGUCGUUCUGCACAAUAAGGGAAACCGAGGCAGGAUAGGUGUUGUCAUCGCGGCUUACAUGCACUACAGCAACAUUUCUGCCAGCGCCGAUCAGGCCCUGGACCGGUUUGCAAUGAAGCGAUUCUAUGAGGAUAAGAUUGUGCCCAUUGGUCAGCCAUCCCAGAGAAGGUACGUGCACUACUUCAGUGGCCUGCUCUCUGGCUCCAUCAAAAUGAACAACAAGCCCUUGUUUCUGCACCACGUGAUCAUGCAUGGCAUCCCCAACUUCGAGUCUAAAGGAGGGUGUCGGCCGUUUCUCCGGAUCUACCAGGCCAUGCAGCCUGUCUACACAUCAGGCAUCUACAAUGUCCAAGGAGACAGCCAGACCAGCAUCUGCAUCACCAUCGAGCCUGGCCUGCUCUUGAAGGGGGAUAUCUUGCUGAAGUGCUACCACAAGAAGUUUCGGAGCCCAGCCCGAGAUGUCAUCUUCCGUGUGCAGUUCCACACCUGUGCCAUCCAUGACCUCGGGGUUGUUUUCGGGAAGGAAGACCUUGAUGAUGCCUUCAAAGAUGAUCGAUUUCCAGAAUAUGGCAAAGUGGAAUUUGUAUUUUCUUAUGGACCAGAGAAAAUUCAAGGCAUGGAACACCUGGAGAACGGGCCGAGUGUGUCCGUGGACUAUAACACCUCUGACCCCCUCAUCCGCUGGGAUUCCUAUGACAACUUCAAUGGGCAUCGAGAGGAUGGCAUGGAGGAGGUGGUGGGACACACUCAGGGGCCUCUGGACGGGAGCCUGUAUGCCAAGGUGAAGAAGAAGGACUCCCUGCACGGCAGCACCGGAGCCGUCAGUGCCACGCGUCCUGUCCUGUCGGCCACCCCCAACCACGUAGAGCACACCCUCUCCGUGAGCAGUGACUCCGGCAACUCCACAGCCUCCACCAAAACAGACAAGACCGAUGAGCCUGCCCCUGGCCCCUCCAGUGCCCCUGCUGCCCUGAGUCCUGAGGAGAAGCGGGAGCUGGACCGUCUGCUCAGCGGCUUCGGCGUAGAGAGAGAGAAGCAAGGCGCCAUGUACCAUACCCAGCAUCUCCGGUCCCGCCCAGCAGGGGGCCCUGCCGUGCCCUCCCCUGGCCGCCAUGUCGUCCCGGCCCAGGUUCACGUCAACGGUGGGGCCUUGGCAUCUGAGCGGGAGACCGACAUCCUGGAUGACGAGUUGCCCAACCAGGAUGGGCACAGCGUGGGCAGCAUGGGCACACUGUCCUCCCUGGAUGGGGUCACCAACACCAGCGAGGGGGGCUAUCCAGAGGCCCUGUCCUCACUGACCAACGGUCUGGACAAGCCCUAUCCCGCGGAACCUAUGGUCAACGGUGGGGGCUACGCCUAUGAGUCCGCCAGCCGGUCGGUGCCUGCCCACGCUGGCCACACGGCCCCCAUGCGGCCCUCCUACUCCGCACAGGAGGGUUUAGCCGGCUACCAGCGGGAGGGGCCCCACCCAGCCUGGCCGCAGCCAAUGACCACCUCCCACUAUGGCCAUGACCCCAGCGGUAUGUUCCGCUCUCAGUCCUUUCCAGAAACCGAGCCCCAGUUGCCCCCAGCUCCGGCCCGUGGGGGCAGCAGCCGGGAGGCUGUGCAGAGGGGCCUGAAUUCCUGGCAGCAGCAGCAGCAACAGCAGCAGCAGCCACAGCAGCAGCAGCAGCAGCCUCGUCCCCCUCCUCGCCAGCAGGAUAGAGCCUACUUGGAGAGUCUCGGGCCCAGCAGGCCCAGCCCCCAGCCGCUGGCAGAGACCCCCAUCCCCGGCCUCCCUGAGUUCCCAAGAGCAGCCUCCCAGCAGGAGAUCGAGCAGUCCAUCGAAACACUCAACAUGCUCAUGCUGGAUUUGGAACCAACGGCCGCCGCCCCCCUGCACAAGUCCCAGAGUGUCCCAGGGGCCUGGCCAGGGGCUUCCCCGCUGUCCUCCCAGCCUCUCUCCGGCUCCUCCUGUCAGCCCCAUCCACUGACCCAGUCCAGAUCUGGCUACAUCCCCAGUGGGCAUUCCUUGGGAGCCCCUGAGCCGGCCCCACGGGCUUCCCUGGAGUCCUUCCCUCCUGGCAGGGCUUACUCACCUUACGAUUAUCAGCCAUGUCCAGGUGGGCCCAACCAGAGUUUCCGUCCAAAGAGCCCAGCCUCCUCCUCCUCAUCUGCCUUCCUGCCAACUACCCAUAGCCCUCCAAGGCCUCAGCAGCCCCCAGCCUCUCUCCCUGGCCUCACUGCUCAGCCUCAGCCCCCACCAAAGGAGGUGACUUCAGACCCCUCCCGCACUCCAGAAGAGGAGCCACUGAACCUGGAGGGGCUGGUGGCCCACCGGGUAGCAGGGGUGCAGGCUCGGGAGAAGCAGCCUGCAGAACCCCCAGCCCCUCUCCGGAGGCGGGCAGCCAGCGAUGGACAGUAUGAGAACCAGUCUCCAGAACCUGCGUCUCCCCGUAGCCCUGGGGUCCGUUCCCCUGUCCAGUGCGUCUCCCCCGAGCUGGCUCUCACCAUCGCCCUCAAUCCUGGAGGGCGGCCCAAAGAGCCCCAUCUGCACAGCUACAAGGAGGCCUUUGAGGAGAUGGAGGGAGCCUCCCCGACCAGCCCACCACCCGGCGGGGUGCGCUCCCCUCCAGGUCUGGCCAAGACACCCCUGUCGGCUCUUGGCCUGAAACCCCACAACCCAGCGGACAUACUGUUGCACCCUACCGGUGAGCCCCGGAGCUACGUGGAGUCGGUGGUGAGGACGGCAGUGGCUGGGCCCCGAACUCAGGACCCGGAGCCCAAGAGCUUUAGCGCCCCACCUGCCCAGGCCUAUAGCCACGAGAUGCCCCUGAGGAAUGGGACCCUAGGAAGCUCCUUUGUCUCCCCGAGCCCCCUCUCCACCAGCAGCCCCAUCCUCAGUGCUGACAGCACUUCAGUGGGGAGUUUCCCCUCAGGGGAAAGCAGCGACCAGGGCCCCCGGACACCUACCCAGCCUUUGCUGGGUUCCGGCUUCCGUUCCGGCAGCCUGGGACAGCCUAGCCCUUCGGCCCAGAGAAGCUCCCAGAGCUCUUCUCCUCUCCCGACCGUGGGCAGCAGCUACAGCAGCCCCGACUACUCACUACAGCAGUUCAGCUCCCCAGAAAGCCAGGCGCGGGCUCAGUUCACCGUGGCCGGCGUCCACACGGUGCCUGGGAGCCCUCAGGCGCGCCACAGGACAGUGGGCACCAACACCCCCCCCAGUCCUGGCUUCGGCCGCCGGGCCAUCAACCCCAGCAUGGCUGCCCCCAGUAGCCCCAGUUUGAGCCACCGCCAGGUGAUGGGUCCAGCGGGAACUGGUUACCAUGGUAGUGCAGUCUCCAGCCCCCAGAGCAGUACAGCGACCACUCCAGGAAGCCCCAGCCUGGGCCGGCACCCCGGGGCCCACCAGGUUUCAGGCCUCCACGGCAGUGUGGCCACUACUCCGGGAAGCCCCAGUCUGGGCCGGCACCCCGGGGCCCACCAAGGCAACCUGGCCUCCGGCCUCCACGGCAAUGCAGUAGCCAGCCCUGGAAGCCCCAGCCCGGGCCGGCACCUGGGAGGGCCUGGAUCCGUGAUUCCCGGCAGCCCCAGCUUGGACCGGCACGCGGCCUAUGGCGGCUAUUCCACCCCCGAGGACCGGAGACCCACGCUGUCCCGGCAGAGCAGUGCCUCUGGUUACCAGGCUCCCUCUACGCCCUCCUUCCCUGUGUCCCCUGCCUACUACCCGGGCCUCAGCAGCCCCGUCACCUCCCCGUCGCCGGAUCCGGCAGCCUUCCGGCAAGGGAGCCCGACGCCAGCCCUGCCCGAGAAGCGGAGGAUGUCCGUGGGAGACCGAGCAGGCAGCCUCCCCAACUAUGCCACUGUCAACGGGAAGGUGUCCUCCUCGCCUGUGGCCAGCGGCAUGUCCAGCCCCAGCGGGGGCAGCACCGUCUCCUUCUCUCACACUUUGCCCGACUUCUCCAAGUACUCCAUGCCAGACAACAGCCCCGAGACACGGGCUAAAGUGAAGUUCGUCCAGGACACUUCCAAGUAUUGGUACAAGCCUGAGAUCUCCAGAGAGCAGGCCAUCGCUCUCCUUAAGGACCAGGAGCCAGGGGCCUUCAUCAUCCGCGACAGCCACUCCUUCCGAGGGGCCUACGGGUUGGCCAUGAAGGUGUCAUCUCCUCCUCCGACCGUCGUGCAGCAGAAUAAAAAAGGGGACAUGACCCAUGAGCUGGUGAGACAUUUCCUGAUAGAGACUGGCCCCAGAGGAGUCAAGCUCAAGGGAUGCCCCAAUGAGCCAAACUUCGGGUCUCUCUCUGCCCUGGUCUACCAGCAUUCCAUCAUCCCACUGGCUCUGCCCUGUAAGCUGGUCAUUCCAAACCGAGACCCCACAGAUGAAUCGAAAGAUAGCUCAGGCCCUGCCAACUCAACCACUGACCUGCUGAAGCAAGGGGCAGCCUGCAACGUGCUCUUCGUCAACUCCGUGGACAUGGAAUCACUCACUGGGCCACAGGCCAUCUCCAAAGCCACUUCUGAGACUCUGGCUGCUGACCCCACACCAGCUGCCACCAUCGUUCACUUCAAAGUUUCUGCCCAGGGAAUCACACUGACUGACAACCAGAGAAAGCUCUUCUUCAGACGACACUACCCCCUCAACACUGUCACCUUCUGUGACCUGGAUCCACAGGAGAGAAAGUGGAUGAAGACAGAAGGAGGUGCCCCUGCUAAGCUCUUCGGCUUCGUGGCCCGGAAGCAGGGCAGCACCACCGACAACGCCUGCCACCUCUUCGCUGAGCUUGACCCCAACCAGCCCGCCUCCGCCAUCGUCAACUUUGUCUCCAAGGUCAUGCUGAGUGCAGGCCAGAAGAGAUGAACGCCACCCCUCGCCCGGGGCCAUGGCAGUGGGGACGGGGCAUGUGGGGCGGGGACUCAUGAAUCCCGACCACCCUUGAAUCCAGAAGGAGGACUUUGGGCCAGUUUUGGAGAAGGAGAGAAGAAAGUGCAACGUGGGGAGGGGGAAGUGAAUUGCAGAGGGGAAGGGGGGGAGAGAGAGAGAGCUAGAGAAAGAAAAAGAUGGGGGAGGAUAACUCGGAUUCCCCUGGGUGGAUGGAUACCGCAGAGCCCCCAAAGCCUCCACCGCUAACCAGGUCCACCUGACCCCCCUCCCCCUUCCAAGAGGCUCCUCAGAGGAGACAGACAGACCAACUCCUUGAGGAUCUAUAUUUUGGAAGUAAAUGGAAAAGCUGUCUCCCUAACCCGACCGCUUUGCAAGGAGAAAUCAAAUUGAGAGAAUCCUUUUCUGGCCACCUCUGGGGUAGAUUGGCAAACCAAAAAGAGCCAGCAUGGGCACCAAGUGGCAGAACUUUUGCCUGUGAGAGUACCGUAGACCUGAGGUCCCUGAGGUCUCUGGACUCUGCCUCCGAUGUACAGUCUGUGUGGGUGUCUGUAUGGGGUAUAUACUGUGUCCACACCCACAUCUUCACGUAUUGAUUUCCAUGUGCCUCUCAGCCAGAGUUAUAAAUAUAUAGACUUUUGCGUGCCCCGUGUAUUUGCACAUGCAUGUGCAUACUGUCCAAAGAAGGUGAGAGUUGGGCGCGACAGGGCAGCAGGAGUAUCCAAGAUCAUGGGAUCGCAGACUCUCUCUCGGUCUCCACGCUUGCUCUCUAGCGGCCCUGGGUGCUGCCAGCACCUUCCCAGCAAAGACCCCCGCAGGAGUGGGGCUGGCCGCCCUGCAGCCUUAGCCCUGAUCUGCCCCCACAGGGAGGCUGGACACUUGGUUCGGGAGGUGCAGACGUACGUGUGCAUAGUCUUGGGGAGGAGAUCCCUCAAGAGGGUUGCCGGUUGAGCUCUGGGGGUCUUCUCAGAGGCGUGUGGCCCAGCAGCAGGUAUGGGCAGGUGGCUCCGGCCAGCUCUGAGCCCUCAGCCCAUUCUUGGGUUUUGUGCCCCAGACCAGCCUUUCUUCAGAAUUGCUUAUCUGUUUGAUGCCUUUUUGGGUGUCGGGGAUCAAGCCUUCCUGCCCUGGUUUGUCCUUCAGGGUCUCUAUGUUGGAGCUCGUCCUGGGGAACCUGCUCCGUGAGGCCCCGGGGGAGACACCCGAUGGCCUUUCGUCCCCCCCUCUGCAGGUGAUUCUGGGUCUGAUUUUUACUGGGCUGCCCGGGCUGUCCUUGGCAGAGCUCCUGGGGCCACUUCCUGUGCAUCUACAUGGCCUACCUACAAUGCCAAAGCCUCGCUGUUCCCCAUCCUGCCAUGGUUUCCCCAGCAGAGCCAAGCUGCCCGUGGAGCAGAGGGGCAAGGGAAUGCAUUUAGGUCAGAGGGCUGAGAGUCCAUCUGGGCAAUUCGAACCCCCCAGACCACCACCCAAGCACUCUAAGCCAGAGUAGAAAAUUCACCGGGAUUCCAUUAUUGAAUGGCUUCUUAAGCCUAUGGGGUUCCCUAGAGAGAGGCAUUGUACUGAUAUAUAAAUAUAUAUAAUAUAUAUGUGAGACAUACUGACAGAAUCUGUAAGCUAAUAAAAUAUAAGAAAAGGUUAAAAAAAAGAAUAGGUAAAUUGACAAGAAGUAUUUAUUGUUUUCCCAUAUUGCUUUAUUGCCUUCCCGGGCAUAAACCAAUUCCCGUCCCUUUUUUAUGUAUAAGUGAGGUCUGAACUGUAGGGGGCCUUUAUCCUUGGAGCCAUCAGGGGUCUCCUGGCCCUACUGUUGGCCUUCCCUAGACUCCGUCUGGGGCUCAGUGAGAAGGGGGUGCACACGUCCAUUCCCUUCACCCCCUUGUUUUCUGGCAAGCCCGGGGCACAGCAGUCAGCUCCCAGAGAUGAGGGGAGCUGCCCCCCUCACUGUGGGCCUGAACAAGUGGAUGAGCCUGCGGGGGACAAGGGUGUGUGUGGCAGAUGUGGGUGACAGGUGUGUCUUUUGCAUUUUUUCUCCUCCAAGAAGCUGUACCUGUGUGGACGUUCUGUUUCAGGGAGUUGGAGAGUGUCUGAAGGUAGGGAGCAGGCCCUCGCUUCCUAAAGAAUACAACCUUGCACUUGGUGGCCAAGGUUCCUCCCAAGUGCUCUUCCUUCUGAGGCAUUCAAGCCAGAUACCCAGAUCUCCCCCCUCCUCAUUCCCUACAUACCCCAACUCUCUUCCCAGAUAGGAGAUAUCCCUUGCCCACUUCCUUUGUAAAUAUCUCAAUCUCCUGCUGGCCCUGGCCCUGGGACUCUCCCCUCCUGGCCUGGAUGUCCUCUCUCCGCUUGAGGCCAGGUGGAGUGUAGACCCUUCGGCAGCCAGCCCCGGGCCGUCACACGUGCAUUCCCACUGCCCACCAGCAGCUCCCACCUCCCAGGCAUGGCCAGCCCGCCCCGCUCAGGCCUGAGCCUAGUGUGACCCUGGGAAGGACCGGGCAGCCUGGGAAGCUGAUCAGCUCACUCCCUCACGUCCCUCUGGAAGGAGUGGGUUUCCAGAAGAAUGAUAGGAAAGGGUACCCCCGUCUCCAGGCAGCCCUACCUUUGGGUCAGACACUGGUUGGGAGCACACUGUGGCUCUCCCAUGUCUCACAGGUUAGGUCUCUGUACCCAUGCGUGCACGCACACACACACACACACACACACACACACACACCCCACACCCCACAGCGCUGCGGUAUAUUCUUGCCAAAGAUUUCCUUUAAGAGAAAGCACUUUUAAUAAUUAUUGUUAUUAUUGUGUGAAUGUCUAUCCUUUCCUCUCCUCCUUCCCCCUCAACCCUUUUUGCUGUUAUUGUUGAAUCUGUGUGCCAGCCAGGAGAAUGCUGUCUGGUCUUGAAACAGGCUGGCAGGGCAAGGGUCUGGGGGAAGUUGGCAAGGAAGAACGGGAGAGGCGGCGAAACAGUGACACAGACGCCAGGCUGGCUCAGGCCCCGCCCCCCCGCUCCAGCCAGGCGUCUGAAGCCGGCCUGGGGCCUGGGGCUGGCCUGCACGGUGUCUGGAGGGAAGAGGGCAGGGAGUUGACAUCUGUCCGAUUCAGGGAGAGGUCCAGGUGGCUCCCCACCCGUGGAACAGGAGGACAGGGCAGGGCAUGGGAACAAUGGAGAGGUGACCCCAGAGGGGAAAUAGGAAGGAAGUGAGCUGUCUGGUCAACCUCCAGGGGUGACUGCAAUGCUCCUGCCCUGCAGUCUUGGCACCCUGGUCCCCUUAUCUAGCCAGGUGUUUGGGGGCCAAUACACUGUGUCCUAGGCUAGGGAAGGGCCUUUUGACCCCUAUCUUUGUCGGAGUCUCUCCCUAGCAACUCUAAAAACAUGUGGAUUCCUUCUCCCGUGGGUUUCGAGGACUCCCUGGGUGUGUCAGAGGCUGGCAGGAUAGGGGUGGCGGGGCCUGGUGGCCGUGUGAUCUGUAGGAGGCAGCAGCCAGCUGGACAAGCGUGAUCCUUAUAAAGGGCACUCAGGAGGGGGGGUACUCUGAUGCGCCACAGCCGAGGUCAGGGAGGCUCCCCCGCCAUCCAGGGGGUGUGGAGGUGUCUAUAAGCAGAACAGGGAUAGGCCUGGGGCAUUUGCUCACCGUCCCUGCCUCCUGGCUCUCCCUCGCUUCUUCGGACUGUCUCAACUUCAGGAUUGGGGGAGGUCAAGUGGGUCCAUGCCCCAUCCAAGGGCUGCCUCCCGCCCCUACAUCUCCCCACACUUGGGUUCCUUGGAGAGGUUGGGGGCAGAGUCCCAGAGCCACUCUUCACCCAGGCCCAGGCCCCAGGGUCCUGAGACUGGAGCUCCUGGCUGGUGUUACACGGGGCGGGUGCAUACACGUGCGUGUGCAAGUGUGGGUGUAUAUGUGUACAUAUUUUGCUGGUCUCUAGGGAACACGGGGUUAGGGUCAAAGGCAGCGAAUGAGCUAUGGGAUGUCAAGGUCAGUAUCACCCAGCAGUGAAAGGAAUCAGGAGGGCCCCAAUCGCUAGAUUAUCAGUAUUGUUGGUGAGGAUUGGCUACACGGGGUGCUCCCUCCCGACUCCUCUGUCCUCAGACGCCCAGCAUGUUUGAGGACUUCCGUUUAUGUCCCACACCUGGGCUCUUCUCAGCAGCGAGGUAAUUGCAGAGGAAUGUCCCCAGUUUGUUUUCUAAUCAGUGUUAAACAGUUUGAGACUCUCCUGUGUGUCCAUGUUCGGUUUGUGCGUGAGACUGAGCACAUGUGUGUGUGUGCACGCCAUGUUUCCCCAUUUUCUCUCUUCCCGCCGACACGCCAUUCGAAACAAAUGUAAGAAAUUCCUUGCCACCCCCUCCCCGCCUCCCAGGCCCUCUGCAGGAGAAACAAUAACUUGGCAUCCUCCCCGUCCCCUGGCUGUGUAUUUAUAUAGAUGGAAAUAUCCUUUCUAUUUUGUAUCAUCGUGCCUAUAACCUCCGCCACCUUGUAUAAACCCUGACCUGUGCUCCUUGCCCUGGAUAUGAAUGUAUUUUACACCAAUGCUGGCCCACUCCUGUACAGCUGCUUUGUUUCUUUGCGACCCAUUGUAUGGCUUUA